AUGGAUGAAGAUGCGUCGACGGAAGCGUGCGCGAUCGGUGCCCUAUUCGGAGUCGAGAACGGUGACGGCGGGAGCGUGAGAGAUGUUUUGUGCGCGGUGGAGCUGGUCGGACGACGCGAUCGAGCGACGGGGACGGUGACGAUCGAGGACGAACACGGGAAGUUAGCGCUCGCGCGGGCGCGAAGAACGCGAAGCGAGUGCUCAAUCGUUGGGUUUUAUCGGGCGUCGAUGAACGAUGGGUCGGUCGAGGACGGUGACUUGGAGAUGUUUGAUUCGUUGGCGGCGAAGGUGCGCGAUUGGGAGCGGGAGACAGGUGAUCAAGGCGACGGCGUGGCGAACGACGCGAGCGCGUUGGUCAAGUGCGGCGCGGGCGGCGACGCGAGCGAGCCGCCAAAGAUGAAGUGGUACGAGCGCACGAGCGAUGGCUUCGUCGAGCGAGAGUUUUCAAUGGAGACCGGGGAGAGCGAACGGAUCGUCGUGGACGCGUUGGCGAAUAUUUCGCUAGAGGAGGAGGAUGCGUCGCACUCGGCGACGUCUGUGAAAAGUCUCGAGAGCGCAGCAGAGGCGACUCGCGCUCUGAGGGAUCGCCUGCGUACGACGCUCGGCUACCUCUCCGCGGUGCGAAACGGCGAUGCAGCGAUUGACUUCGACGUCUUACGCUCGAUCGUGUCGGUGAUGAACGAUCUUCGAGCGAGCUCAAGCGACUCAGUGCGAGACACGUUCGUGGACGAGUACGAGGAUGUGCUCUUGGUGAACUACCUAGCGUCGUUGACAAAGGCGGUGGACAACCUGAAUGAACUCGUCGACAAGUAUCAUUUCGCUCACGGUGAUCACGGGGGUGUUCAACACGCGGAGAGAGGAGGGGAGAGAUCUGGUCGAUUCCAUGCGCGAGAUCGAGAGGCGCGCGCGCAAGAAAGAGCGAUGCUCUCUCUUUUUUAG